AGGCCACUGAAGUCUCGCGUGUUCUCGCGAUAGCGGAGUGAGCGGGACGCGCGCUGGAGAGGAGCAGCAGUGAUGGCGGACGCGGAGCUGAAUGACACUAAACAUGAAGAAUCUGGCGAUUCUCCCGCUGACGAAGGAGAAGCGGAGCCCCAGCAGACACAGGAGAACUCCAAUGGCGUUAAAACCGACGCCGAGGAGAAGCCGGAGCCCAAAGAGAAGAGCCGAAAGUCGCACCGCUAUCAUCCCUACAAAGAGCGUCACGGCGGCGGCGCGGCGGACAAGAAGGCCGCUCACAGGAACCGGGUGUUCAUUAGCAAUAUCCCUUAUGAUAUGAAGUGGCAGGCAAUUAAAGAUCUAAUGCGUGAGAAAGUUGGUGAGGUUACAUACGUGGAACUCUUUAAGGAUGGAGAAGGAAAGUCAAGGGGCUGUGGCGUGGUUGAGUUCAAAGAUGAAGAGUUUGUGAAGAAAGCCAUCGAGGUCAUGAGCAAACACGAUCUGAACGGACGGCCGCUGAACAUUAAGGAGGAUCCGGACGGGGAGCAUGCGCGGCGCGUCCUGCAGAGAUCAGGCCGGAUGUUCGGAGCGGGUCGAGGUCAAGACGCCGGGAUAAACAUCCCUCCCUCCAUCGCCAACAACCCCAACCCCCCCGAAAUAACAACAGCGCUCCACACCCCACACCUCUCCACAACUGUGUGUGUUUUGCAGCUGGACUUUAAGGUGGGCUGGAAGAAGCUGAAGGAGGUGUUCAGUAUGGCAGGGACAGUGAGGAGAGCCGACGUCAAAGAAGACAAGGACGGGAAGAGCCGAGGCAUGGGGACCGUCACCUUCGAGCAGCCGCUGGAGGCCGUCCAGGCCAUCUCCAUGUUCAACGGUCAGAUGCUGUUUGACAGACAGAUGCACGUGAAAAUGGAUGAUAAAUCACUUCCUCCAGAUGACUUCCGGCCUGCGGAGAAAGCGCCACAGUUACCCAGAGGUCUCGGCGGCAUCGGGAUGGGUUUGGGUCCCGGCGGUCAGCCAAUCAAUGCCAACCGUCUCAGUGGAGGAGGCGUCGGCUCCAUGGGACCCGGAGGGAUGGACGGGCCGGGCUGCAGCAACAUGAACCGCAUGAGUGGGAUGGGCGGAGGCUUCUCUGGGAUGGACUGCAUGGGAGGAAUGGGAGGAUUCGGAGGCAGAGACAUGGCACCCAUGGGCCGAAUGGGAGAUGUGUAUCGCUCUGGAAUGGCGGGGAUGGACAGAGACUUCGGCAGAGGUGACAUGGGAAUGAGCCGCCCCUUCGGAGACUCGUUUGGAGGUAGUGGUUUGCAUGUGUUUGGGUCUGUAUGAUAUGCAGGGAUGGGGAAUGCUGGGAUGGGACCCAUGGGCUCUGGAUUAGGAGGCGGAGCGAUGGUGAACAUGGGAAUGGACCGCAUGAACUCCGGCUUCGACCGGAUGGGCGGGGACAUGGGGCGUGGCUUCGGCCAGUACGGCGGCGGCGGCUCGGGUCACAUGGGUGGAAUGAGUGACAGGGGGGCGGGGUCUAAGGCCGGAUGCCAGAUCUUUGUGAGAAACCUCUCGUACGAUCUGACCUGGCAGAAGCUCAAGGAGAAGUUCAGUCACUGCGGUCAGGUGAUGUACGCCGAGAUCAAGAUGGAGAACGGCAAAUCCAAAGGCUGCGGCACGGUGCGCUUCGACUCUCCGGAGAGCGCAGAGAAAGCCUGCCGGAUGAUGAACGGAACCAAGAUCAACGGACGAGAGGUUGAUGUUCGUAUCGACCGCAACGCUUGAGACACACACACACACACACACACACACACACACACACACACACACACAGAGGCCAGCUUUUGUUUUGUUUUAAAAACAUCAUGACUGUCAUAUCAGCGAUCUCACCAGCUUCAGCUCCAUGUGUUAGAGACCACCUUUAUCUGCACUUUUGCUUUUUUUUUUUUUUUUUUUUUUUUUUUUGUAAACAUUUUAAUUUGUGGGACGUUUGUCUCUGACUAAAUUUUAAGAAAUAAAAAGCUGGCUGUUGUAAAUUCAGUCUGGGUCUUGUAUUGUUCAUUUUUAUCUUAAUAUUUUGUAUUCCCAAAAACACUAUGCUUAAAACAAAACAAUUUUAUGCAAUUAAUUUUAACAUAAUUUAAAAUCACAACAUAAAAUACAUAAUACAACAUAAUUACUUUUUAUAAUCAAACAAGAAACUCAGACAUCAAAACCUGGUGUCAUUCUAAAGAAAUUUAAUAUUUGAGACCUUAAGAAAUAUGUCUCAAUACUUGCACUUUAUGAACUUAGGAACUCCUUUAAGAAAAAGCUAUUUCUCAAAAAGUUAUUUUUUUACUCGUAAAAAGUCACCAAGUAGUGUAACAUCUGACACGGUUUAUUAAAAGGUUACAGUUCUAAAGAUGUUUAUGUUGGGAUUUAUGUACGGAAACGUAAGAAAAAUGGUAGAUAUAUUUUGUAUUCCCAAUAAUACUUAAGAAUUUAAAACCCUUCUUAAGACAUCAAUUAUGUAAAAUAAUGUUUUUAACAAAUCAUUGUAAAUAAUAAGGUAACCUGCAAGACGUUUAAUGGAAUUUAUUGGCUUAUUUCAAAUAAGUAUGAAGUAUUAAUCACACUAAUCUAGCAAACAAACUGUGUUAAUAUUAUAAAUGGACAAAUAUAGCACUAAGAGUUACUAGAGGAAAGAAUA